GACAUGGACUUCAUCGGCACAUGGAAGGUUUACUCCGAAGAAAACCUGGAGGAAUUCCUAAAAGCAUUGGGCACUCCGCAAAUGGUCAUCAAGAUGCGCAAGGACAUUAAGCCAGUCACUGUGUUUGAACGGAAGGACGACACUUGGAUCUACACCAUCAAAACCCCCAAAUUCAGCAAAACACAUUCAUUCUGCAUGGGAAAGGAAUCGGAAGUGACCACUGUGGACGGCAGGAAGAUUAAAUGUGUCAUCAGGGAGGAGAACGGGAAGCUGAUUACCAAAACUGACAAGUUCACGGCGGUCCGAGAAAUGCAAGGGGAGGACAUGGUUGAGACAAUCACCACCGGCUCUGUGACGUUCAUCAGCAGAAGCAAGCGUGUAUGA